UUCUACUUCAUUAGAUAUUUCUUUGUCUGAAAGUCUUUAGGAUAUAUUUCCUCUACAACUUGCUGUCUAUGUUAGAGAGUGCUAAACUUCCAAAACACCUGAAGACAGCCUGCAUGUUUGCAUACCUUCAGCCAUGGCUAAUAAGAUACAAGUAGCAAUUAGCUGUGUUUCUGCUCUUAAUUUAUUGAUCUUCAUCAUUUCAGCACUUUUUCAGAAGUUUGAAAAGGGCCCCACUAUAAGCUCUACAUGUGAUUUUAGUCACGCUGCUGUGGCAUGUGAUACAGAGACGUGUUCUCUUGUUGGCAGGGACAUUCUGAAGGAUGGGGGCUCAGCAGUGGAUGCAGCCAUUGCUACAUUGCUGUGUAUUGGAGUCGUCCACCCACAAAGUACAGGGCUUGGCGGAGGAGCAAUUUUCACCAUUUAUGAAAAUCCUGGCACGGUUAAAGUGAUUAAUGCACGUGAAUCUGUUCCCAAGAUGUACAGACGUGACCUGCUGAAGGAGUGCACCAAUGACUAUAGUUCUCUAAAAGGGCCCCAGUGGAUUGGCGUGCCUGGUCUGAUCCGAGGCAUGGAGAAAGCACACAGUUUGUAUGGCAGGCUUCCCUGGGAGAAACUGUUUGAACCUGCAAUCAAACUGGCCAAAGAGGGGGUUAAUGUCUCUGAAAUACUGAGUUGGUAUCUUAACAGUCCAAAUCUAAAGAAUGCUGUGGAAACAUCACCACUGUGCCAUUCAGGUGUUCUGUGUGAUGAGAAUGAGACAGUGCUGAAAACAGGGGACAAGAUGCGUGCGAUAGCUCUGGCCCAAACGAUGCAGAUCAUUGCUGAGAAGGGGGCCAGUGCUUUUUAUAAUGGGAGUGUGACCAAGACCUUUAUACAGGACAUACAGCAAAAUGGUGGGGGGAUAACAGCGGAUGAUUUGGAGUCUUACAGGGUUCAAGUUACAGGUGUCAUGAAAGCUCAAGUGGGUGAAUACACAAUGUACAUGCCUCCUCCACCAGCAGGGGCUGCUCUUGUCAGCUUUGUGCUCAAUGUCAUGAAAGGGUAUAAUACAAAUUUUCAAUCUGUGCAAGGAGAUCAAAAAUUAUUAACCUAUCACCGGUAUAUUGAAGCUCUGAAGUUUGCAAAUGGACAAAAGAAACAAAUUCGAGACCCAGAGUUCAACGGUUGGAAUGAUAUCCUUAGAUUGAUCAGUGAUGAAUUUGCCGAUUUUGUGAGAGAGAUGAUUAGCCCCAGUGAGACACAUCCUCUCCCGUAUUAUAACAUCACCCCGGGUCCCUCCUCAGACAGGCCUGGCACCACUCAUGUGGCAGUCAUAGCUGAAGACGGUAGUGUUGUAUCGGUCACCAGCACCAUCAAUGACAUCUUUGGUUCAAUGGUGUUCUCGGAAAGCACUGGUGUGAUUCUCAAUAAUCAACUUACAGAUUUUUGUGGAAGAGCAGAAAGCAUCAAUGCAGGAGAGAAACCUCCUUCCUCGACUUCUCCAGUAGUGCUGUUUUCCCAAUCACGAAAUGAAAUCUUGGUUAUUGGAGGAGCUGGAGGAAGCACGAUCACAACGUCUGUUGUGUCUGCUAUCAUGAACUAUUUAUGGUGGGGAAAAAACCUAACCAGUGCAGUAGGCACUCCUUUGGUGUAUGUGGACUCCAAAAACAGACUACAUGUAGAAGAAAAUGACUUCUUUAAGAGUAUAAAGGAAAAUCUGAAGAAGUUUGGACAUACAUUCAUGGACACAUUACUUUUUGAGAAUGCGGUUAAUGCAAUAUCUAAAAAAGGUAACUGUAUCAAUGCUGUGUCAGAUCCCAGAGGGAAGGAGAAACCAGCUGGAUAUUAAGAAUCAACACAAAGAAGAUUUUCCUUUCUGUACACUGGAGUGCUGAUUGUUACAGGGUUAUCUGUGCUGUAUUUUAAUUUAUUUGAUUUAUUUAUUAGGGUAUCUUUCUCCUCCUUUAUGGAUGGCUGUGGUGAAGGCAUUUUUUUAUUCUGAGUAAAUCUCAGUUUGAACUUGAUUUUAAUUUCCUCUGUAAAUUAUCUUCAUCUGAGACUGAAACAAAAACUAAGACAACAUUUUUUCAAUAUUAUGCUCCUAUGAGAAAAACAUGUACUGUAAGUACUUCACAUUCAACAAUAGUCAUAGUCCACCAAUAAUGGUUUUUAGAUCAUUAAUAGCUGAGCUGAUCAUUAGAUUAUAUAGCGAGCUGUUCACUAUACAUUUAUUGAUACAGAUAAUGUGCAUAUUGUGAUGCUGGGACAUGAUCAUCAUAUGGGUCCUAGCACACAGACACCCCAACACUGGCUAUAAGAUCCAAUUGUCCUCUUAUUUACAGUUUCAGUAUACCAACCACCAUGUAACAAAACAAAUUAAAACAAAUGUCUAAGUUCUUCUUUGACCUCCUGAAUAAAUUAAUGUAGUUUCCUUAACAACUGCUUCCAAGCAGCUACCCUGGACACCUACACUUGUAAUAGAAAUAAUGGUGUUUUUCAAUGACAAUGGUUACUCAUGCAGAUUCUUUAACCAGGAUUACACACCAGAGGCUUCUCUCUCGCAUUCUCUCACAGUGGUCUCACUCACAGAGAUUCCAGACAUCAGCUUCCAGCACAGCAGUGGUUUUCUUAGCACCUGCAGUGGGGCAGAGGCUCUGUGGCUAAGGCUCUGUGCCUGUGGCUGGAAGGUUGCCGUUUCAAAUCCC